AUGACGACGACGACGUCGAUGAUGAUGACGACGAGUAAUACUACUACCACGAUGAAGCGAACGACGACUUUGAGAGGAACAACAAAGAAGGUUUUUCCUUCUUCUUUUUCGAGAACGAAGAAGAACUCCUCCUCUGUAUCCUCGGGAAAGAUGAUGAUGAUGAUGAUGUUUGUUAAAUCAACGAGAAGAAGCGGAAGAAGACGAGGAGGAAGCGCGUCGUCGUCUUCCUCUUCUUCCGCGAUUGUCUUCUCAGCUGUGGCACCGGCGUCUUCGUCGAAAAAAAAGAAGAAAAACGUUCUGGUCAUCGGCUCCGGUGGUCGCGAGCACGCGUUAAUCUAUCGUUUGCUCCAGUCUGAAACGUGCGAGAAAGUGUUCGCGUUACCGGGGAACGCCGGUAUCGCGACGGAGCCGACCGUGACAUCCAUCGCGGACGUUUCUGAAUCGAAUCACGCGGAUGUGGUGAAAUUUUGCAAAUCGAACGCUAUCGAUUUAGUCGUCGUUGGGCCGGAAGCGCCGCUGGUGGACGGGUUAGCGGACAGUUUGAGAGCGGAAAAUAUCAACGUGUUUGGACCGUCGAAGAAAGCGGCGCAGUUGGAAGGGUCCAAGGAGUUCAUGAAGAACUUGUGUAGGAAGUAUAACAUUCCGACAGCCACGUACGAGGUUUUUAGCGACGCGGAAAAGGCGAAGGAGUACGUGAGAACGGUGACGGGAGCGCCGAUUGUGAUUAAAACGUCUGGUUUGGCUGCCGGGAAAGGCGUGAUUAUGGCUGAAACCGUCGAGGAGGCGGAAAAAGCCAUCGACGAGCUGAUGUUGAAUAAACAGUUUGGCGAUGCCGGCGAUACGAUCGUAAUCGAGGAGACUUUGUUUGGCGAGGAGGCGUCGUUUUUUGCCGUCGUCGGGGGCGACGUUGCGGUUCCGUUAGCGUCGGCGCAAGACCACAAAAGAGUUGGCGACGGCGAUACCGGAUUGAACACCGGUGGUAUGGGCGCGUAUUCGCCAGCUCCAGUGGUCACGAAAGAGAUUGAAGAGGACGUGAUGAAGAAUAUCAUCGAGCCAACGGUGAGAGGAAUGCGUGAAGAAGGGUGCGAGUAUAAUGGCGUCAUCUUUGCCGGGUUGAUGAUUGACGAGAAAACGAAAAAAGUAAAACUGUUGGAACACAACGUGCGCUUUGGCGAUCCCGAGUGCCAAACGUUAAUGGCGAGAAUGGAAAGCGAUUUGUGCCAGCUUUUAUACGCCGCAGCGACGAAUAAUAUCACCGACGACGACGUGAAGAGCGUGAAAUGGAGCAAAGAACCAGCUGUUAAUGUUGUUUUAGCGGCGAAAGGGUACCCGGGAAGUUACUCGAAAGGCGACGAGAUUAAAAAUUUACAAGGCGCGGAAGAAUCGACGGCAAAAACGAAAAUCUUUCACGCCGGAACGGCGAGUGGAGAGAAUGGGGAGAUAUUAGCGAACGGUGGUCGAGUUUUGGGGAUAACUGCGAUGGGUACGUCCGUGAAAGAGGCGACGAAGAACGCGUACGUGGCCAUCGAUAAAAUCGAUUGGCCGAACGGUUUCUGUCGAAGCGACAUCGCCUAUCGAGCAAUCGAAAGAGAAGAAGGACGAGGCAAGUGA